CCCGAGUGCUGGGGUGACGCUCUGCUGUGAAAAAGGGAAGUCGCGCAUUUAACGGCGCCGAUGUCAGUCUUCCGCCCUCGAGAGGCUAAUCUCAAUCCAAAGCUCUUCGAGUGAGUCUGAGAUCCCGUGCGCAUUUGCAAUGGGCAUUGCUUUCAAACAUUGCUAAUGCUAAUGCAAUUGCCACAUUUCUGCAAUAUCUUGAAUUCCAGUCCUUCUGCAAGACCUGCUUCCCCUUUGUCCUCCAUCUUCCUUUCUCCAGCCAACUUGCAAGUCCUUUCCGACUUGUGGCAAAUCACGGGAGACUUCAGCCAUGUGAUCAAGCAGGUGGUGAAUUCAUUCACAUCUGGCUCAUUCCCUCGUCCAUCCCAUUUAGCCAGAUUCUUCGUUCCAUGUUGUGUCUAAUGCACUGAAAGUGCCCAAAGCAGAAAUAGCCGAGCUGUGGCAGCCCAAACGAUACAAAUUGCAGUGUUGGAAAUGAAAUGGAAAUGGUGUCUUGGCUUGGUCAUGCUGUUGUUGUUUUGGUGAAUGGGCUCUGUUAUGGUGGUGCCUCGGUCGUGUCUAGGGUCUGCUGGUAACAUCCAAAAUCCAGGAUAUCAUCAACAUGGCGAGAAGCAGCCCAAGUCUGGCAGAUGAGAUCUAUGUUCAGGUCAUGAAGCAGCUACAUGACAACCCAUCAGAGCGUUCCGUCUUGUUGGGCUGGAAACUUAUGCUUCGACUCUGCCAGCAGGUGAGGCCAAGUGCAAAGUUGGAGGAGUUUGUGAGGUCUUUCAUCAUGCAAAGCACCCACAGCAGCCAUCCAGAGGUGGAGCAUACGGCAAGACAAUGUGUUUCUGAUCUCAACAUCAAUGCCACACCUGAACAUCUCAAUGAAGGUGACCUCAUUCCUGUCACUGUUGUCCUCAUUGACCACAGUGUGAGGAAGGU